AUGGUUAAAAAUGAUGAACAACAAGCAGAUAAAUCAAGUGGAGAUUAUGACAACGAAGAACACGGUUUGUCACACGACUCAGAGUACGAUGACGAUCUUGGUGUACCAGAUUCAUUGGAAAUCUCGGUAACAGUCAACGACCGUCAGUCUUUAAACGAUAAAUCUCUAGAUGAUGAUAACAAUAUAAACAAAGAAGGAAGAGUACAACUAAACGUAUUGCCGUUUAAUGCAAUCCAUGCACCGGCUGUUAAAUUUAAAUCGCAAAAACAUAACGUGUUUAUACCAGGAGAAGAUAUACACGUGAGAAUAAUUGACAAUGAACGGAGCGUAACCACUCAUUUAUUAAACCCGAAUCUAUAUACUAUUGAAUUUAGGCACGGACCAUUCGUUUGGACUGUUAAAAAACGGUAUAAGCACAUACAAAAUUUACACAAUCAAUUGAAAAUAUUUCGUGCGAGCCUCAAUAUUCCUUUUCCUACGAAAAGUCACAGGAGUAGAAGAAACAGUUUAAAAAAUUUAGACGACAAUAAAGUUAAAAAUAAACCCAGAGGUGCUUUACCAAGAUUUCCAAAUAAACCAGACGGUUUAGUGCCUUACGAGUGCCUUGAACACCGAAUGAAAGUAUUGGAAGAGUACUUGAGCAACUUAUUGAAAAUAGAAAUUUAUAAACGGCGUCCUGAAACUAUUAGUUUUAUGGAAUUAUCCCAUCUAUCUUUUAUUGGGGACUUAGGUGAUAAGGGCAAAGAGUCAAUAAUAUUAAAACGUACGGGUUCGAGUUCAAAAGCCGGUUGUAUUUUUUGUGGUCUUUUAAAAAGUAUAAGUUGUGUUCACUGUAGUCAUUUUUGUACAUCACUUUGCGGUAAAUGGCAUUCACGUCAUUUUGUUGUUAAAGAUACAUUUAUCGCUUACAUAAGACCUAAAGACGGUAGAAUACAGUCUGUAAUUUUGAUGGAUAAUUGUUUUGAAGUCAGCUCUGGAUUGUAUGCCACUGGCUCACGAAAUGGUUUGCAAAUUAUUAAUUCAAGUCGGCAUAUUGUUAUUGAGUGUUGGACGCGAAGAAAAGCUAAAGAGUGGCUUGAGUUUAUUCAAAACGUUGCUAAUAAUCAAGGCAAAUGUUUUAUUCAACAAAAUCCUCACCGAUCAUUUGCGCCAUAUCGUUCACCAACACCCGCCACCUGGUUUAUCGACGGUUCCACUUAUAUGUCAGCGGUUGCAGACGCGUUAGAAAGUGCAAAAGAAGAGAUUUUUAUCGCUGACUGGUGGAUAUCACCCGAGAUUUAUAUGAAGAGGCCGAUGAUUGACGGAGAUUAUUGGCGAUUAGAUAAAAUUUUACAGCGUAAAGCUACCUCGGGUGUUAAAAUUUUUGUUAUGAUCUACAAAGAAGUUGAAUUAGCUUUAGGCAUAAAUAGUUAUUACAGUAAACAGCGAUUAGUUUCUCUGUGUCCAGAAAAUAUUAAAGUAUUUAGGCAUCCAGAUCAUGCGAGAGUUGGAGUAAUUUUGUGGGCUCACCACGAAAAAAUAGUUGUGGUAGAUCAGAAGCUGGCAUUUGUCGGUGGCAUUGACCUCUGUUACGGACGCUGGGAUAAUAAUGAGCACAGGUUAACUGAUUUGGGUUCAGUUCAUCAAUCAAGUAUCUACAUCCCUACGAAAGGAAGAAUAACUACCACCAGUAGCAGGCGUGCUGUUGAAAUGAGAACUAACAAGCAUGCAGUGCUUCCUCUGGCAAUAGCUACUAAUACAAUCGCAAUGGCCAUUACCGGGUUUCUUCCAAUAAUUCCAAAGCCCGGUAAAACUAAUACAUCUCCACGAUCUCUUCACAGCGUAAAAAUUGUUAACCCGGUUUUUUUAUCACCGCCAGAUGAUGCAAACACCGAACGACUGAAAUGCAACACGCCAGAUCCUCAGAAAAAAAAUAUACUGGACAUGGCCAAGACGACGGUGGAUCGAGUUAAGCAGAAUGUCAAAAUAAAGAGACAAGAACUGAUAAAUAUGGUUUAUAAUCCACAUGAAUUAGAUAAUAGCAGUGAUGAUGAAGAUCAAGUAGACAAUGUGGUAAUUCACGAACCUGUCGAUUUAGAGGGAGUUUUUAAAAACAAUGCAGACAUUAUGUCUGGACUUCCUGGUGCAGCUAAAUUGUGGCUAGGUAAAGAUUACACUAAUUUUAUAGUCAAAGAUUUUGACAACCUCGAGAGCCCAUAUCAAGAUCUCGUUGAUAGAAGCACGACUCCACGUAUGCCUUGGCAUGAUAUAGGUGUCUUGGUUCAAGGUGCUUCUGCACGUGAUAUCGCGCGACAUUUUAUCCAACGUUGGAAUGCUAUUAAAGUAGAAAAAGCUAAAUUAAAUCCAGCUUAUCCAUUUUUGCUGCCAAAAUCUUAUAAAGACUGCUCUAGUAAUGCUCCUUUUAUACUCAGUAAUUCCAUACAUACCCAUGUUAAGUGUCAAGUACUGCGAUCGGUGAGUUCUUGGUCAGCUGGAUUCCUCGAAUCAGACACUACGGAACAGAGCAUACACGAAGCUUAUAUUGAAGCAAUAACUAAUUCUGAAAAAUUUAUUUAUAUAGAAAAUCAGUUUUUUAUAACUCUAGCAACUAUGGAUAGGCAUAGUGUAAGAAAUAGGAUAGGUGAGACACUUUUGAAAAGAAUUUUACGUGCUCAUAGAGAAAAUGCCAUUUUUAGAGUGUUUGUUGUGAUGCCGUUGUUACCAGGAUUUGAAGGUGAAGUUGGUAGCCCAACUGGUACAGCAUUGCAUGCAAUAACUCACUGGAAUUAUGCGUCAAUAUCACGUGGCAAUGGUGCUAUAUUGAAUAGAUUAAAAGCAGCAGGUGUUGAUGAGCCAAGUGAGUACAUUACUUUUCAUGGAUUAAGAACAAGCUCGUUACUAAAUGGUACGAUGGUUACGGAAUUAAUAUACGUACAUAGUAAACUAAUGAUUGUUGAUGACAAAACUGUUAUUUGUGGAUCAGCAAAUAUUAAUGAUCGUAGUAUGAUUGCGACCAGAGACAGUGAAAUAGCCGUAAUCAUUCAUGAUUUAGAUUUCCAGGAGGGUCGCAUGAAUUCUUCACCUUAUCCGUGUGGAAAAUUUUCAGGCUCACUGCGUAAGCAGCUAUUCCGUGAGCACCUCGGCUUACUUUGGUCAUCUGAAAAUAUAAAUGUUGAUGACAUUGUCAAAAAAUCCUUCUAUUUUGAUAUUUGGAAGAAAACUAGCUUACAAAACACAGAUAUUUUUGAGCAAGUGUUUCGAUGUAUACCUUCUAAUGAAGUGACUGAUUUUAAGAGUUUAGAUAAUUAUUUACAACAAGUGUCUCUGAGUACUUCAGAUCCUAUCGCAGCGCAAGAAAUGUUAAUGAAUAUUCGAGGACACUUGGUUGAUUUACCAUUAGAAUUUUUAAAAGACGAAACAUUAACUCCAGCUGCUGGUACAGUUGAAGGAAUAAUGCCCACGUCUUUGUGGACUUGA